CCAGCACCCAAUGGAUGACAAAAAGAAGAAGAGAAGCCCCAAGCCCUGCCUUACCCAAUCAACGCAGGCCCCAGGCACACUACGCAGGGUCCCUGUGCCCACCAGCCACAGUGGUUCCUUGGCCCUGGGACUCCCUCACCUGCCAUCUCCCAAACAGCGGUCCAAAUUCAAGAGGGUAGGCAAGGAGAAAUGCCGCCCAGUGUUGGCCGGAGGUGGGGGCGGCUCAGCAGGCACCCCACUGCAACACUCUUUCCUGACUGAGGUGACCGAUGUCUAUGAGAUGGAGGGGGGACUGCUAAACCUACUCAAUGAUUUCCACUCAGGUCGGCUGCAAGCCUUUGGGAAGGAAUGCUCCUUCGAGCAGCUAGAACACGUGCGGGAGAUGCAAGAGAAGUUGGCCCGGCUACACUUCAGCCUGGAUGUGUGUGGGGAGGAGGAAGAAGAGGAGGAGGAAGACGGAGUCACUGAGGGGCUGCCUGAGGAACAGAAGAAGACGAUGGCUGACCGAAACCUGGACCAACUGCUUAGCAAUCUGGAAGAUCUAAGCAAUUCCAUACAGAAACUGCACCUGGCGGAGAAUGCCGAGCCCGAGGAGCAGUCAGCUGUGUAAGCGUCUGACCAAGGCCCAGAUUGCCCCCUUUUUAUCCCUUUCAAACUGUGACUUUUUACGGACUCGGGAGGGUAUUCAAUGGCCCCCCAGGUGCUAUGGGUAGGGGGGCAACAGAUGGAAUUAAACUCAAAACAAAUAAAG